UUGAGAGGGGUCGUCAUGCCGAAGGAAACGAGUGAAAAGUCGUCCGUGAAAGUGACAUGGCCGCAGUGGAUCGCUUGCGUCGGAGUUACGUUGCUGGUGAUCCAGGUGGGAUUCAUGGGGGCAUGGUCGUCCCCGUACAUCGAGCAGCUAACAUCCCCGAAAUCAUCGAUCCCGAUCACGAUGACGGAAGUGUCGUGGGUGGUGUCGUUGCUGAACUUUGGAAGGCUGUUUGGUGCAAUCGCGGGGUCGCUAACCGUCAAUUAUUACGGCAGCAAGACCACGAUUCUGGUGACCAGUAUACCCAUCGCGUUAUGCUGGCUGUUCAUAAUCGUGGCUGAUAACGUGUGGUGGCUCUACGUCUCGCGAUUCCUCAGCGGUCUAUGUUUGGGAAUGAUGUACAGUUGCUUUUCCCUCUAUCUGGCUGAAGUGGCGAAUCCCAGUAUCCGUGGAGCGUUGGUCGCUCUGGCAAUGAGCGGUUUACCGAUCGGAAACUUGGUCAUGAGCAUCAUGGGAGCGUACUUAUCUAUGACCGUGUCAGCGGCCCUCUGCUUACUACCUUGCCCGGUCUUGAUGAUCCUUUUCCUCUGGCUACCGGACUCGCCUCAUCACUUGAUCAAGAUGAAACGGUACGAGAAAGCGAAAACCUCGAUUCGAUGGUACCAUCGAGACUGCGACGUGGAAGUGGAAUUUCUAUCGUUACAGAAAUUCGUCGAUAACAUCAGCGGAAAGUCGUUCCUCGAGACUCUCGGAGAGUUCAGGACCGUUCAGUACAGGAAAUCGCUGUUUCUGGUCACGAUACUCUUCAUGUACAGUCAGAUGUGCGGGAUUAAUAAUGUAUUCUUCUACAUGGAGACGAUCCUGAAGAGUGCUCGGGUCACGGUUAUCGAUCCGUCCCAGGUGGUGAUUAUCGUGAUGGCGGCCGGUAUCCUCGGAUCAUGCGUGCCCACGUUCCUGAUGGAUAGAUUCGGACGGAAGUUCUUGAUGAUCGCGUCCUGCGCCGGUAUCGCAAUCGCCCUCGCCUCGCUGACCCUCGCGUUCCAUCUUGUAAGCCAUGGUUUCGAGUCGCGCACCCUCGACGGACUGAUGAUCUUCACGAUGAUCUUUUUCUUCAUCGCCGUCUUCAUCGGCGUGCUUUCUGUGCCACCCGCGAUUCUCAGCGAGCUGUUCCCGUCUCAUCUGAAAUGCAUCGCGGCUUGUUUCGGGAGCUGCGUGGCUGGCGUGUUCUCCUUCAUCUCUACAAUUACUUAUUUACCGCUGAUCGAUCUGAUGACCGAUCGAUACGUGUACUUGUUUUACGGUUUGCUGCUGCUGACAGCGGUACCGUUCACGAUAUUCUGUGUACCUGAGACGAAGGGGCUGUCCUUGCAGGAGAUUCAAACGCGGCUAAUGAAGAAGUAGGCUCACGAGAGUUUCGGCUGUGAUGUAGAUGUCUGCGAAUUCAGGGAAGAUGGAAUGGACUUUGAGAGACACAGUGUUUGAACGGAAGAAUUGUGUAAUAAUUUAGGUGGAAUACGUGUGAUUGCUUUGGUUAUUUUAUAAUGGUUGUGUUAUACGAGACGCGUGUGAACUUGCAAAUUUAUGAAUGGAAUACCUACUCAACUAUUGACAAGAUUCUCUCCCGAAUGUAUAAUUUGGUAAUAAAUAUAAUAUUGACAAAGACUGAAACGAAGUAAGAUUUCCACGGCUGGAGCCUGUAGCAAUUCUUCUCCUACAAAGUCUCGGCCAAGCAGAUAUUUCAUUUCGAAAAGGUGGAAGGGCGCAUCAUGGAGAACUUGUCCAGUAAAUCCAAAAAAAAAAAGACCAAGGAAGCCAUCGCUAAUAAUAGAAGAAGAGGU